UCGCCAUUCACUUGAGAUUUGAGAGAAUGAGAGCCAAACAAACACAAGCAAGCUCUGUGAGAACAUUUGAGCUCGUCCCUGUUGUGUUCCAUAAGUCAGCUAAUGGAGUGAAAGUUGAUCCCAGUGCUGGAGACUGUGUUGAAGAAGGUGCGAAGGUAGAGCAGCCAUUUUGGCUUGCUCAGGAGUUAUGUUUGAGGCAAGCUGUAUCAAUAAUUGUUCCAGCUUGUUUCAACCAAAAAACAAGGCGGGAAAUCCAGACUGAUGCUGCAAAUGUGGAUCUGAGAUCUAGGUGUCCAUAUUUGUACAAAUUUGGCUGUAAGAUAGCACCAAUGAUUGGUGAUCGAACAAUUGGAAAGAUGCUCCUGUCUACAUUUCGGAUGAGGUAUAAAGACUUUACCAAGGCACACACCAUGGCUUAUGCAGUGGCUUCCAAAUUCUUGAUGGUUUUAACAAAAGAAGACACUAACUUGUAUGAAGCCGCACAACACUCCAUGGCAACCUUUAAAAAGUGGCGGAUAGGUGGCCUCAGAUUUCAGAGCGCCUCAGUUCUUGGGGGAAGAGGAAACCAAUUGAGUAGGUGCUUUUCCUAA